AUGGCCUCUCUGGUAGCAUUCUUGGACCGUAAGCUGCCAAUAGAGAUCAUCCGUCUGCUCAAGAAGAAGAGGCUUCACCCUGAAUUUUCUGUACUUGACCAGAUUAAUGAGCUUGAUAUCUUCAAGCUCGAUCCAUCUGAGUUGCCAGGACUUUCAAAAAUUAACUCCGAUGAACAAGCGUGGCCCUUUUUCUCUGAAACAUAUAAGAACGUGAAGGGUAACGAUAGUGAAGUCAGGGAUAAAAGUACUGGCAAGCGGAUUGGUGGCAAAAAGAACUAUGUUUACUACAAACGUGGUGCUUCUCCUAAGCAGAAGAUCAAGACUGACUGGGUUAUGCACGAGUACUAUGUCGAUGAUGACGACUCUCGUUAUAAGGUGGUAAAGGUAGUCGGAGCUAAGUUUUACGGCAGGGAAAACGGUGAUUCUUGGUAG